UCUUUCCUUGUAGUGGAUCAAUAACUGCAUAGGAAGAAAAAAUUACAAAAGGUUCUUCAUCCUCAUGGUGUUUGCUCUUCUCUUGCUUAUUCUGCAGUGGGCUGUUGGGAUGCUUGUGCUGAUACUGUGUUUUGUUGAGAGAAGGAGAUUUUCUGCUGAAAUUGUUUCAAAGCUGGGUAGUAGCUUUUCCUUGGCACCCUUUAUCAUUGUGGUGGCUGUGUGCACUUUAUUAGCCAUGGUUGCUACUCUUCCAGUUGCACAACUUUUCUUCUUCCAUAUUCUUUUAAUAAAAAAGGGAAUCAGCACCUAUGAUUACAUUAUUGCUUUGAGGAAGCAAGAUCAGGAGCAGGAGCAACUUGCUGUUGGUGGGCAGCAAAGUCCGCAAAUGUCCUAA